GGAGAGACCCUUAUCCCACCGAUAAGCAUACAAACGAAACUCACCAGCUCAAAGAUCCAAGUAUGUCGAAGAAGAAAGAGCUGUUAUCGAAAGCGCCGUGGAGAGGCGAAGGCGACGAUGAUGACUCUGAUAAGUUCAGCGGCGCAAAGCUUAAGGUUACAAAGGAAUCUGACGGCAUGUCGAAGAUGCACGUCCCUGGCCGUGGAACCAAUAAAGGUAGUCUCGCCGAUGACGAAGAUUCUCUCGAGAUUGAUCCUCAGCUUCGAUACAGCUUCAAUCGAAACUAUCAGUUUUUGCAAAGAGUAUUCAGUAUAGAUACUUUGGUGAAGCCUCUCCCUCCUGCAAUGGCAUACAACGUCUCUCGUAACUUGAGCUUCUUCACACGUAUUUUCACUCAGUUCUUUGAUCCUGAAGGUAUUGCAAAUGCUCAGAAGUCUUUGGGCUUGGGGCAGGAAGAUAAAGAUCGCCGUGUUCGUUGAGAUGUCACCAUCUUUAAUGCUUGUGAAUGAGCCCCACAUUGUUGUUAGGAUGAUUAAGAUGUCCUUAAAGAUAUGAUUUGUGUGAAUUUUCCAAACUCAGAGUACACAAUGAAGUUUCCAAGUUCUAUUUUCUAUUUAAGCAGGAGACGUCCCUAUGUCCAAAAUAUAAACCACUUAGGUUUAAACCCACGCUAAUUUCAUGUGUCACAACAGUUGGUUGAUGUUUUAAACUUUCCUGAUGCUAUUUGACAUCAAU